AUGAGCUUUUCCGUCAAUGAAAUGGAAGUGAUUACAAAUCGAGAUGGACGAACGGGUAGUUUGUCGAAAUUUCUAGACGAUGCCGAUUCGUAUCGUCGUCGAUCAUUACCAUCGUAUCCGGAUGACCAGAUGUUUACUACAUCUAUGAAUCAGAAAAAAAUGACACUUACGGCAUUUUUAAACAUGCAAAUUGAUCCUGUGUUAGAGAUUCUAGAAGAUACGGACUCGGAGAUUCGACUCUGGUUGAUGCAGCCCGAGACAGUGAAAGAGGUGCUGGCGGAAUUUGUUACCCCACCUGUGCUUACUGGAGAACCGCAUGAGGAAUAUGGCUAUUACAAAAAACAUUUCUUGUGCUCGGAAAUCAUUAUGAAACUCUACACGGGCGAAGAAGAUUUGUAUGAGUCUUUUUCGUCCGACUCGAGUUCGGGAUCCACUGCAUCUACGGCCGUCUUUGGCUGUCAGGAGCAGGAGGAUGUGGACAAGUGGGAACAAUUGUACUCGAUCUUUAAGAAUCCCAUUCCGCUGGAUGAGAUGCAGCUUUUGUUCUUUAGCAAGGCGCUUGUGCGUCUGCACGACGGAUUUUGUCUUGAGGAAGGCUACGUCAACAACGUGCUCAAGCGAUUCUUGCCAAUGGUCAUUCCGCAUUUAUACUCGAACACCAUUAAGUAUAUGCUCACGCUGAUUCUGCAAAGCUAUGAGAGUGUGCACCCGAUUACCGGUCGCAAUGACGCCAUGGAAAUUGCAGCGCCACUGAUUGCCAAGACUACCCGCGUAAACCCAUCAUUACAGGAGAAUUUGCCGCUUGUGGAGAACGCAACUACCCUUCUUGUCGACAUGCUUCAGGCAAAUCAGGCUGAUCGGUUAGGUGCAUUUAGUCGUCGUGAGGGUGGUGUGUAUCUGUCCAAGUAUUUUGUGCGCGACCAGUUUGGUACGAUCCGUGGUUUUGAGUCCAUGACGCAUGGCUACCACAACUUUCUCCAAUACAUGCUGCUGGAAGAGAUGUCAAAGCAGCCUGAUAUUGUGGAAGAAAUUUUUAGAAAUGCUGCGGAGGAGCUUUGCAUUAUUCGUGACAAGAUGCUGAAUGAGGUGUCUAGUGCUCUGAACAUCCACGUGGCGUCUGAGUUGUUAUCACUGUGCCAAAAGUUGUUGAGUGAAAGCACUGAAAACGAGGACGACAAUAGUCAAACAGCUGACACGGAAGUUCAGAAUACGCAAAUGUUUGGAUACUCUGGCUUUUCAUCAGAGCAGUAUUCGAGCUCACCGCAUGACGCUAACGAGACGUCCAUGUACAAUUUGACGUCUCUUCCUCGCAGCCAUGCGCUCUGGACACACGUGCUUGAUGUGGCUCGAAAAUCGUGUGGCUCAUUCACGAAGCAUCUAAACAAUGGGCUUCCAUCUUCCGUAGAGAUUUCGUUGGCGAAGUAUCUGAACAACCUUGUGCUGCUAAACGAUGCUACCGUAGACGAGGAGCUGCACAAAAGUGGCCUUAUACAGGCUUACCUUGCCAUUCUUGAAAAGCGAUCAUCAUUUGACAUGCUCAUCAUCCACAUUGUACCGGCAAUUUCUUUCCUUCUUCGCGACGCUGAUGCUUCUCGAGCAAAGAAUUGCCCACUGACGAAAGAUCUUUUCGGCAUUGAUAUUAAGGUGCCCGAGAACAUUAUUAGCUUGCUGUUACGUGCAAAAGUCGAUAUUCCGUCGCUCGAUAUCUAUGCUGCCAUUUUGCACGAUGUGAUUGAUGAAGUUUUUACAAGCAAGGCGCCAUCCCAAAACAACGCGCAGGUUGUGUUUCAUUGCAAGCGUAACCCUGCGUGGGCAAAGCUCUCGGAGAAGACCCGAUUCAGCAGUGGUUCUGAAACGUCGGACUUGGGGCGUGGUUCUGAUGAGAGGGGAAGCUUAAUGAGUGAACAGACGGCGGCAAGCGAACUUGUUGAGUCAGCUUCAAGUGUCGAAGGGGACGAUGCUCCGGGGACGGAUCAGUCUAACGAGGAACAAAACUCAGCGUCUACUGAUGAAGAUACACAGACAACAGCAGAGCGUAUCUCUUUAGACAGAAAUAGCUCAGCCAAAGAAUGCUUGGCACCUGAGUCGGCGCCGACUCUUCCAAGCUCUCAGAGUACUGAUGUGGGUGAUGGACAGCCAACGGAUCCAGAAAAAAAUGAAGAUUCGCGCGUGGAUUCCAAUGAGGCACCGCGCGCUGUAGCUGCUGCCGCAAACGAGGCGAAUGUGGCGUCUCCUUCCUCGAAAAAGGAAGCAUCUAAGGAAGAGAAACCCGACACGAGCAGAAACAGCGAGAGUGAUGGCUCGCGCAAGUCGCACUACUUUAAGAACGUGCUUCAGUCACCAGUGUUUAAAUCUCCCAUGCGCCUGGGCUCCGUCAUUAAACCUCCGUUUGCUCCACAAGCUCAAGAUUCUAAUUCCUCGCAGGCAGAUGGAGAAGGCCAACAGCGCAACACGUUUGGCUGGAACAGUGUGUUCAAGCGUUUACGGAAAUCACUCGUGACAACACACAAUGAGAAGAUAGACAAGAAGGUAUUGGCGCUAAGUAACGAAGCUUACGCCUCGCCGAAUGUGGCUCCACGGCAGACGGAUGUGUUCGUAGUGGAUACAUCUCGUGGCGAGGACGUCACAACGUUUGUGAACCGCGAUGCGGGUGUGAUAGUUACCGAUGUUCCAGUGGCAACAUCAAAAUCUUCCGAGUCGUCGAUGAACGUUAUUACGUCAGGUUACAUGUAUAAGAACAAAUAUCCUGAGACAGGUCACAGAAAUGUAUGGGAACGAUACUACUUUGUUCUCAACCGCUCGGACGGCUCUUUGAGCUAUUACAUCAGCGAAGCUCACGCUAAGGACCGCACCUUUGUUCGAGGCACGUCGCGUCCGCUUACGGUGUCGGAGGGCCUACCGCUGCAUGUACAUGGUCAAUACAGCGUGUUUGGAUUCCAAAUUAACACACAAGGCCACGGCGCGUUCAUGGUUUUGGUGGACUCUAUCGAUACUCGUCUCACGUGGCUGACGGAAAUCUUGGUGUGUGUAUCUAAUGCCAACCCAUCGCUCCCGCUUCCAAAGCAACGUCUAUCACUGCAGCCUGACGAUGCAGCAAAGCAGCGUUUGUCAAGUACUACGAGCUCGCUUUGCUCGCUGAAGUGCAGCAAGGAGGAGAUGAAGGAACUAGUUAUGGAGUUUUACCGCAAUUUGUUUGGCCCGAACCUGAAGUUUUCGUCGCCGCUGGAUGCGCCGGCGUCCUUUUGGAUGGAAGAAAAGAUUGAUCCUGUAUCCGAUGGUUGCGUGCUGAGCUCUAAUCUGCCCGACUGCGUGCCUUAUUGGGGCGAGUUUCACGGUUACAAGCGACUAUGUGACUACUGGAAGAUUCGUGACGAGACGGUGGAGCGCAGCAGCGGCCGUGUGCUUCGUGUCUUGGUUGAUGAGGACGAGGAGACAGCAGCGGUGAUGACGUCCACAACGUUUCGCAUCUUGCGCAAUAGCGAGAUUGUAACUGAAGAGUCGUGUGACAUUGUGAGUGUGAGCGGCGGCAGCAUUGUAAGCAUCCACUGCACCUUUGACUCGCAUCGCAUCGCGCAAGCUUUUAAAAAGGAAGGUAUUAGCGCCUCGUAG